UGUAGCCAGCUCGUAGCCAGUCAAACAGGCAGAGAGAGAGAGAAGCACCAGAGCUGGAACUGGGAUUACGUGUAGGGUAGAAGAAGCUUGUUAUUGUUUACUGAGUUGAACUAGAUUCUACGCAGUCUUGGAUCUUUCUUGCGCCUUUCUGCCUUGAUAUUUGUCUACAUAUUUUCUUAAAAGUGUGGAAGUAUAUCUAAACUUUUCAAGAUGCCAGCUACAAACGAACAACUUUCAAAAUACGAGAAGAUUGAAGCCAUUGUAAAAGGUUUCAAGCUCCCAGCAGCGGCUUAUAAGAGAGCAAUGACACUUCUGAAUCAGGAGUUGAACAAUGGACUGAAAAGUCAGAAGAGCAAUGCCACAGUUCUCAGCAUGUUCCCUACAUUCGUUCGGUCAACUCCAGAUGGAUCAGAAAAGGGCGAGUUUUUGGCACUUGAUCUUGGUGGCACAAACUUCAGAGUGCUGUUGGUGAGACUGAAUGGCCAGGAGAUUGAUAUCCAGAGCAAGACUUAUCUCAUACCACAGACCAUUAUGCUUGGCACUGGCACACAGAACUGCAAAGUGGAGAUCGUUGCUGUGGUGAAUGAUGCUGUGGGGACCCUCAUGUCUGCAGCUCACGGUGACCGUAACUGCGAGAUUGGCAUCAUUCUGGGCACUGGCUGCAACGCGUGCUACAUGGAGCGCUUGGACAAUGUGCACACCUGGAACAAAGAAGAAAAGGAUUUUCAGCCGAAACAGGUGAUCAUUAACACAGAGUGGGGUGCAUUUGGAGAUAAUGGAUGUCUGGAUUUCAUGAGAACAGAAUUUGACAGAGAAGUGGAUACUUUCUCGGUCAACCCAAGCAAACAGACCCAUGAGAAAAUGAUCUCGGGCAUGUACAUGGGGGAGAUUGUGAGGCUAGUGCUGGAGAGACUGACCCACGAUCAACUGCUGUUCCGCAGUGUGGACCGAGAAUGUGCUUUGUUUGAGCGCGGCCGCUUCUACACCAAAUACGUAUCUGAAAUUGAGAGUGACACUGAUGAAUUUUUCCGACACACAAAGCAAGUUCUGGAUGAUAUGCAAGUGGAGAACUAUACAACUGAGGAUUGCAAAAUUGUCAAGUAUGUUUGCACGCUGGUUUCUGCCCGGGCCGCCUUCCUGGCAGCAGCUGGGCUCUCCACUCUCAUCAAUCGACUGAACAAACAGGACAUGACGAUCGCGGUGGACGGCUCUCUGUACCGCUUCCACCCGAGGUUCCACAACCUCAUGUGCCUCAAAAUUAAAGAGUUGGUCAAGCCUGGACUGAAGUUCCGGCUGUCUCUGUCCCAUGACGGCAGUGGGAAAGGAGCAGCGCUGACAGCAGCAGUGUCUCUCCGACUCCGCAAUUUGAAAAAUGUGGAAGAAAAUGGAUUCACUCAACCGGAAAUGGUCUCUGUGAAAGCAUAGAUCCUCAGGGUCUGAUCGUGAUGUUGGGAAAGAAAGGACAAUACUGAUGUGUGAAUUCGUACAAAUGGGAAGUUGUGGCACAGAACAAGGCAAAGAUGAAUUGGAGAAGUGGUUUUACUUCAGUUACUAUAUUACGUUCAUUUUGCUUCAACAUUUAAAAAAAUUGCUUAACCCUAUUAUACUGAACUAUAGAUAAGUUCGUUUGCCUUUCUUGUGCAAAUGCAAAUUGUAUGGUAGUAUGAAAUUUCUAACUCUUAAAGCUUUCAGACUUGACCGCUCUGAGAGAUUUUUGUAGAGCCGGUUUGAAAUUUAUUUUUUUAGAGAAAAUGUAAAAAAUAUGCUUGUUUAGGAGUAUUAAAUCUAGUUUAAAAAAUAAUGAAUGUGAUUAUGUAUAUCAUCUUGCAUUCAAUUCCUUCUCAAAGUUGUCUGUUUAAAGUUUCUGAAGUGGCUCAAACUUUUACAAGGGUAAAAAAAGUGAAUGAAAAAAAAAAUGUUGAGAUGUAUGGUAUGAACACGGACAGACUUAUGACUCAUCUACAUUUGUUUGUUUCUGAACUUCAUGAUUUGUGACUGUUUUCAUUGUUCAUAUGCUGACAGAUUUUUUGCCGUGUUUGCUUAGUGCUUGAUGAGUAACCAGUUCUGUACUUGCACUUAAUAUUGACUCAACUUGAAAGAGAAAAAAGGAUGAAAACUAAGCAAAUCUAUUGGAUGGUUUCUCCAUCUAACAUUGUUAGUUGCUUUUUUUUCUUCUAUUUUAGACCUUCUGAUUGUCUCUGUUUGAAUAGUGAAAUAAAAAUAAGGCUUCAACGUCUAUGACUGAUUUAGAGAAAUGUUUAUUUUUAAAAAGCCAAAAAACAUUUCAUAUAUAAUAGCUUUGUCAUUUCUUUUUCCGCUCUGUGGAAAAUAAAGGUGCAAAUUUUGAUUUAAAGUAUUAUUAUUCUGUACAAGCUCAUUGCAUUCUUUGGAUUGCAGAGUUAAAGUUGUUGUCUCUACCUUUUUUUUGGUCAAAGGUAGAUGUAAUUGUCGUUUUCCUAGUGCUAUUCUUUUAGAUUCCUGUUUACUUCAGUAUUGCUGGAAUAAUUUUCCUUUUGUUUGAUAAUGGCUCAAAAACUUGUUGACAUUUGUUCAUUCGCAUUACCAGAAGUGGACUGUGUGUGGAGAUGCUGGUGAUUGUUUCUCAUAUUUCUGGAAGAAAUGUUGUCUAUUUAUUGCAUUUCAAAGAUAUGAACUGCAACUAGUGGAAAUGAAUGAAUUGUAAUUUAUUUCCCGCCAGACACCUGGGCAUGUUCUUUCACUAGCCUUUGCGUGAUAUAUUAUAAUUGUUGGGAUUCUUGUGUAUUGACAGGCUAACUUUGAAUUUGCCAAAAUGUGUUUUGUUUUAUGCAUCAUUGGUCCUACAGUGAGUGUUGAAUAAAUGAAUGUUAAAAUUUUUAGUCACUGCAGAAGAAAAACCCAGUUCAUCUUAAUUAAUAUGUUGAAAAACCAUACCUUUUGUGUCUUCGUUGUUGAGAGGGAUGAUAAAAACCAUCUUUGGACAAAGACGUUGAUGAUUGUCUUGUCAGAUAUUAUUAUGUAUUUCUGUUUAGAAUAGGAUAGACAAUUCAGUUUGUAAUUGAUUAGAUUGCGUAUAAAUAUUCAUAUUAAUUUUUGACUGUGUGUGUAAGGAAAAAAAGGUUAGAUCUAUUUUAAAAUAUAUUCUUUUGGUGUUUAGUCCCUGAUUCAUUUUUUUUUUUUUUUCAAUCUUUCAUUGCAGUUUCAGUUGUAAGCAUAAAAAGUUUUUGAAUCUCACUGAGUGGGUGUCAUGUUGCACCGGUCAGAUUUGCCAGUACAUAUAACACAGAUUUUUCAUUUACAGAACUUUAAAUAAAAUCAGAGUUGGUCGAGACAUACUGAUGCUGUCAUAUUAGAUCUAGUUGAGUUUUGAUUAAAGCCAAAAUUCUCGCAAAUUAAGAGGAAUAAAAUAAUGAACUUUCAUAUUUAUAUUAUUUAUGGAACUUCAGCAGUUUAGACUACCUAUCAAUCUUUAUUGUCUUAGCACCGAUCUGUCUGAUCUUUUACAUCCAUGCCUGUACUGCCACAUAAUGUGCUGGACAACUGUUAAAAGAUAUGUAGCUUUGAAAUCUUCUGAUAAUUAGAGAGAUUGCAGUAGUUUGUUAUAUUCUGAAUUAUUCUGUUUUGGCAUGUUACUGUGUUUGUUAUAUUAUAUCUAUUACUUUCACAGUAUCACUGUAUCCUGUGAUGAAAGUGACUGUCAAUGGUCAAUGAUGCAUUGCACUGCUGUCAUGAAGUUGUUUUAACAUUUUACCUGGAAUGUAUUCUUUUAACUGCAAGUGUUGAAAAAAAAAUAUAUACCAGACGCAAAACAAGCAACCCUGAGUGGGAUUGCAUGUACUUCUAAUGCUAAGUGUCGGAACUAUUUCCUCAAGUGUGGUAUGAAGGGUACUUUGUCAGUUUAAAAGACACGCUGGAAAAUUUCAUGUAGAUAUACUGAACUUGUUACCUCAUUUGUUCGUAUUUUGUUAUAUAUUGACAACUAUUGAUGUUCUUCUCAUGAUACUUGCAGCAAGUCUCUGCCUCUUUGAAAGGAAAACUUACUGAGUGCACUCUUGCGGAAGGAAUUCAUGAUGUGUCAGAUUGGAUAGCUGCUUCUAUUCUGGCGCUGAAGUACCUGCUUUAAAAUAUAUUGUUUCCUUGUAACUCAUUGUAAAUUUUGUACAUUUAAAAUACACUUAGAAGGAGAAGCCUAUAUAUUUGCUUUCUUUCGUCAGCAUAAGGUGUUAUUUUUUUAUUUCUUUCCAAGCCAAUUAAAACUUUUAGAUAGAUACUUAAUGUCCAGAAAAAUAUAGAUUCUGAAAUAUUAAAAGAAAUAGGUGAGUCAUUACCAAUCAGUUUGCCCCAUUUUACCAUUAUAAUUUAGAGAAAGUAUUUUGUACAUAAUUUUAGAAAUAUUUUUUCUCCCCACUUUCAGUUCUCAAAACUCGAGAGUGACUUCUAAAAUUUCGGUAUUGUUCUUGUCCUGUAGCCUUUUUUAGCUUUCUGAGCAGUAAAGGCAACUACUUUGUUUUUAUUUAAUAAUUUUUUUUUAGGGUGUUAAGGUGUGGGGUAUGAGGUGGUGACGAGAGCUCUGUCAGGAGUGUUGCAUAAUUAAAGAAAAUUGUUUUUCGGUUGUCGUUUUUUGUUUUUUGUUUUUUGUUUUUUUUGGGUUUUUUUAGAAUUGUGCACUUGGAAAGAGAGAUUAUUUUCCUGUACGCAAAAAGAAUUUUGGAACAGAUAUAUGUUGUUGAAUUAAAUUUUACACUUUGAAGAACAGGUUUUAUUUUUGUUUUCGCCAUUCCAUAGUGUGAGUCAAAUGUCAUGGAACAGCCGAUGCUCGCUUUUUUUUUUCUUGUCUUUCGUUAAAUGAAUAAAAGUUUCUUUUUUUUUAAAUUUAAGUUUAUUCAGAAAUUUUUACAUACACCUUUCAGCUUCAAAGAUUUUUAGCUAUAUUUUGAUUGAUUAGAGGCGCUUGCAUAUAAUUAGUGUAUGCUGUGUGUUCCAACCCUGCUCUCUUACAUUAGGGCUUCAUUUGAUGGGGCCCUUCAACUUUUCAUGUUCCAUGUUCAUACUCACGUAUUCAUGUAUUCAUUGCCUUCGCUCAGGCCUUGUUGGCUUGGGCAGAAGGAGAGGUACUGUACCCAAAUUUGUUGCAUUUUCGGAGGGGUUUUUUUUUUCCUUCUCUGUUGGGAUUGUAUAAUAGAAUGUGCUUGUUACUUCCAAACAGAUUGAGUGUCGAUACCAUUAUAUUAUUAUUAUGCUCCAAGUUCAGGUUGUUAAUAAACAAACUCCAAUAAUGA